AUGGGUGUUCCAGCGCUUUUUCGCUGGCUGUCGCAGAAGUACCCUAAGAUCAUCUCGCAGGUCAUCGAAGAGAAACCAGGAGAAGUAGAUGGACAGGAGAUACCGGUCAGCACGGCGGGUCCAAAUCCCAACGGAGAGGAAUUCGACAAUUUGUAUCUUGACAUGAAUGGCAUUGUCCAUCCCUGUUCACACCCAGAAGAUCGCCCACCGCCAUCUACAGAAGAAGAGAUGAUGCUAGCAAUAUUUAAAUAUACGGAUCGAGUGGUGAACAUGGUUAGGCCAAGGAAACUGCUAUUGAUUGCUGUUGACGGUGUUGCUCCUCGUGCAAAGAUGAAUCAGCAACGCUCCCGACGCUUCAGAUCGGCCCAGGAAGCAGCACAGAAGGACGAAGACAAGGAGGAAUUUCUCAAAAUGCUCAAGUCGCAGAACAACGGAGUGGUGCAUGAAGAUGCCACAGCCAUGGCACAAAAGAAGACUUGGGAUAGCAAUGCCAUUACUCCAGGGACGCCGUUCAUGGACAUCCUUGCCGCGAGUCUUCGAUACUGGUGUGCGUACAAAGUCAACACUGAUCCAGCGUGGGAAAAGGUCAAGGUUAUCAUAUCAGACGCAACGGUGCCGGGUGAAGGAGAACAUAAGAUCAUGGAGUUCAUCCGCUCACAGCGAUCUUCGCCUGAGCAUGAUCCUAAUACUCGCCAUGUAAUGUAUGGACUUGAUGCCGAUUUAAUCAUGCUUGGUCUCGCAACCCAUGAGCCUCAUUUUCGCGUUCUUCGCGAGGAUGUCUUCUUCCAAGAGUCAAAAGCGCGUACUUGCCACAUCUGUGGUCAAAAGGGCCACAUAGCGGAGGCAUGCAAAGGUGAAGCUAAGCAAAAGGAGGGAGAUUUUGGUGAGAAAGACAAAGCCCUCACUGACAAGCCCUUCAUCUGGCUCCAUGUCUCUGUUCUUCGUGAGUACCUCGAAGCCGAAUUGCAUGUGCCGCAAGCGACUUUUCGCUUCGACCUAGAGAGAGCUUUGGAUGACUGGGUUUUUAUGUGCUUUUUUGUUGGGAACGAUUUUCUUCCACAUCUACCCAGUCUUGAUAUCAGGGAGAAUGGUAUUGACACUCUCAUUGCUAUUUGGCGAGACAACAUCCCGUUGAUGGGAGGUUAUGUCACAAAAGAUGGGCAUGUUGAUUUAGAACGCGCUCAAUUCAUCUUGGAUGGGCUGGCUAAGCAGGAAGAUGCAAUCUUUCGGCGUCGACGACAGACAGAAGAGCGACGAGAUGCUAAUGCCAAGCGACGAAAAUUAGAAGAGCAGAAUCGAAGCAGGAGCCAAAAUAAUACUGUGCAACGUGGCCGUCGAGGAUCUCCAGACUACAGCAGCCCGUCGAGUGGUACCAUAGGCCGAGCGAAGGAUCCAUCAAUCGCUCCUGCAGACAUGCCAUUGUUCGUUCCGGGUAAAGGUAUCCUCACCAAGGAAGAAAGAGCUGUCACUCAUGAUAUGGUCGUGAAUCGUGGCACGGUGCACAAAGCUAAUGCGGCCAACAAAAGUGCUGCAGCUGCAUUGAAAAGUCAACUACUAGGAGGUCAGAUUGAUCUAUCUUCGGCAAACCAGACCGAGCCAUCAGCCGGGGAUGGCGCAGACGGUAGCGGGCAGAAUAGUACCCCCCAAAGUGCAGACGUAACCACCACGCCGGUAUCGGCUUCGAGGAAGAGAAAAGCAGAACUCAUGGAGGAUGGAGACGCAGGGACCCCAAGCCGCGAUAGCCCUGAUGUCUCGAACAAACCACAGGCAGACUCGGAUGAGCCGCCACCCGACAAUGUUCGUUUGUGGGAGGAAGGCUACGCUGACCGGUACUACGAACAGAAGUUUAACGUCGAUCCUAAGGACAUCGCCUUUCGCAACAACGUUGCAAGAGCCUACGUGGAAGGUCUUGCAUGGGUUCUUCUCUAUUACUUCCAGGGAUGCCCAUCGUGGACCUGGUACUACCCGUAUCACUACGCUCCCUUCGCAGCUGACUUCGUCGAGCUUGAUAAGAUGAAUAUAAAAUUCGAGAAAGGCACACCUUUCAAGCCGUUUGAACAGCUCAUGGGCGUCUUGCCCGCAGCCUCGAACCACGCGAUACCAGAAGUGUUCAGAUCAUUAAUGAGUGAUAAGGAUAGCGAGAUUCUAGAUUUCUAUCCACCGGACUUUCCGAUUGAUCUGAAUGGAAAGAAGUUUGCCUGGCAAGGCGUUGCAUUGCUGCCUUUCAUCGACGCAAAGAGGUUGCUCGAAGCUAUGGCGACGAGGUAUCCGCUGCUAUCUGCCGAUGACGUUGCAAGGAAUGCGUUGGGGAAGGAUGUUCUGAUCAUGUCCAACCGACAUCCUUUGUAUGAAGAGAUAGCGACAAACUUCUAUUCGAAGCGUCAGGGCUCACCGAAGUACAAGAUCAAUCCCCGCAUAAGCGAAGGACUGGCCGGCAAAGUUGAGAAGAACGAGGACUAUAUACCUCAAAGUUCUCUAAUUUUCCCACUCGAGGAAGGAGUGAUGCCCAACCUGGACGAAGAUAAUAGCAUCAGUGUCCACUAUGAAAUGCCUCAUUCAGUGCAUAUCCAUAAAUCAAUGAUACUUCGAGGUGUCAAAUCUGCACCGCCCACUCUUGAUCGCGCCGACAUCGAGGCUACCAAAGGACGCGCGAACUCCUCUGGCCGCUCUCAUGGGGGUGCACCUUUGGGAGGUGGUCGAGGUAGCGGCCGUGGUCGAGGCGGUCAGAUCAACUACUCCAAUGAUAGGCCUAACCCAUUCGCCCAGCAUCUAAAUCCCGGCUUUGCACCUCCGCCAAAUGGUUACGGACGAGGUGCUCCACCUCCAGGCCAAUUCAAUGGCUAUCCUCCUCCGCCUCCGCGAGCUUACUUCAACGGACCGCCUCCACCUCCUCAAAAUGGGUACUAUGGCGGACCGCCUCCAGUAGCUCAAGGUCGAUACAAUGGACCACCGCCGCCACCACAACCUGGUUACUAUAAUGGACCUCCGCCCACACCGCAGAAUGGAUAUGGUAAAGGAGGUCAACAUUUGAAUAAUCAUUAUGAGCAAUCCGCAUCCUCCGGCGAUCUGGUCUAUCAUGAAGAGACCAAAGAUCCGAUAGUCCUCAAGCGUGUAGUUUCACUCGCUUCCAUGCGAACAGUACUACCUGGCAAGCCCCAGGCCAAGCUUCAAGCUGUUUGUACCGCGCUAUGGGAAGGCCAACGCCUUGUGGCCUAUAUCUCGGGCAAUGCCUUAGUGAUCCUCGGCGGCCCUCAGAGUCUUAUCCAGACGAUAUACGAUGACCAGCUCCUGGCCCUGGAGGCUGUGGUGAUCGAUGAAACUACGGGGAAGAUAGCUAUAUGUAGCUCAGCAAAGGUCCAUAUCUACAAGCCAUACGGGAAGAAAGAGGGUGCUUUGAAGUGGUCAUUCCAGUCCUCGUUACAGGUUCCGAGCCAAUGUAAUAGUACAUUGACACUAUCAUGGGGGUCGGAGGAAGAGCUAUUGAUUGGGUCCUCUUCUCUGAAACUUUACCAAACCGUGGAAGAGGAUGCUUUGAUUUGGAGUCGCAGUCUCCCCAGGCCUGUCAAGAUCGCAAGCUUCUCCUACGACGCCAGUCUCAUUGCCUCAACCGGUUAUCACGAUCGGCUGAUCAAAAUAUGGCGAAGGCAGUCUUUCGGCUCAGAUGACACACGCUUUGACUUCACCUACCUCCCUCACCCUACAGCAGUGACGCAUAUCCACUGGCGCAGGCCUCACGACCGCCAACAAACCCUUGACCAUGUACUUUUCUCAAUAUGUGCCGAUAGUAAGGUCAGAGUAUGGGCAGCUACAGAUCCACAUGGGCUGCAGGCUUUGCAAAUUUGGGCGGAGAUAGAUAUGCAAGAGGCCAUACAGCCCCGACAGAUCGAGACUCCUCACCAGUCUCGCGAACGCUAUGCAUUCAUGAUUGAUAGCGAAGACUUUAGGUUCGCAACUGAACGAGCGGUACAAGCAGCCUCUAGGGACCGUCAACGGGAACACCAUGCUUUGGAACACUUGCUAGAAGUUGCUAAGACAAGCCCUGAAUUAUGCAUUGUUGUGGAUCGACGCGGUAAUAUGUCUGCAUGGGGAUUAGAGAACGUGGGCUGUAAAGCUCGGAAAAACACCGACAAAUUCAACAUUGCCCAUGUCGAGAACGUCAAGCUUUCGUUCUUACAGGACGUGAACCCCGAGCAAGACAACAUUCAGUUUCUUACCUUUUGUAGCCAGGAGGCCGACUCACCAUUCACUCUUCUUGUGCAUCACUUUGAUGGAAGGAUCAUGUGGUAUGGAAGCAAUCUCGAAGAACUCUUUGAUCCUUCUCCGCGUCAGCAACGACUAACGCCAAAGGCAUUAUGGACAGGUCAUGAUGGGUCGGUCAAGAAGAUUGUACGCAGUGGAAGCGGCAAAGCUCUCAUAUCUCGCACCAACGAUAAUGAAGGGUUAAUUUGGAAGCAAGGAAAUGAUAGAUCAGGCAUGGCUCUAACUCGAACAAGCUCUCUCAGCUGCCCAGAGCAUAUACAUCGAUCAUGCUUGCUACGGGAGGGAGAUUUCGUCAUCAAUCUGCACCAUCACAGUAUAUCACUUUGGGACGCAAGAUCUCCAGUCGCUCAGCUUGCGGUCUCUUGCGCUCUUCAAGCCGAAGGAAAGCCAUUGUGUCUCAUACCGCUACCAAAGUCGGACACUAAGUCUCUUUGUCACUACGUGGCCACCAUCACUUCCAUGAUGGAAGCCAUUGUUUGGAAGGUCAACUUACCACCCAGAUCUCAACGGCACCUUGACGAAGAUUUGAUUCCUUCCAUGGAAUCAUUCUGCGCCUCCGAGUUAGGAAUGCAGGAUGACCUUGCAUUUGUCUUGCCAGUAGAUCCAGCUGGCUCUCUUUCUGCUGCAUCCGACUUUCUGGACACUUUCGCCAAAGACUUAGCCAUAUCAUAUACCGACAGUGGUGUACUGUGUGCUUGGACCGCUACGCUUGAUCUUGAUAAGGGAUCUGUCAACUGGCUCAUCACGUCGACUACUGAAACUGGCAUCAACAAGCCGUCACUGGCGAGCGGAAGCUCGAUCAGGAAGAUCGCGGUUGUCGAUAGCGCAAAGACCGGACUGACGAUAUGGGAUUCUUGGAGUGGUCAGCUGGAAUUCGAUGCUAAAUAUGGGUCAUCUGACUCAAUACAGGACCUUGACUGGUCGUCAACGCCUGACGAGCAAUCAAUUCUUGCUGUUGGCUUUCCGUACAAGGUCAAGAUCCUGGCUCAGAUGCGUUAUGACUACCUGAACGCAGGCCCUGCUUGGGUAUCCAUACGAGAAAUUCACAUCAAAGAUCUCACCUCGCAUCCCAUUGGAGACAGCACCUGGCUAGGGAGCGGCAAUCUCAUCAUUGGAGCUGGGAAUCAGCUAUACAUUUAUGACAAAGCUGUGAACACAUCAAAUGACAAGAUCAUGGAUCUUUCAAUACCAGUACACCAGCACCAAUCACUGAGUAUUUUCGACUUGGUCACUUACCUUAACGGGCCACUCCCAGUCUUUCAUCCUCAAUUUCUUGCCCAAUGCAUUCUUGCGGGCAAGUUAGACCAGGUGCAGCGGAUUAUCAUAGGGCUUUACAAGGCUUUAAGAUUCUUUGUUACAGGUGACGACCUAGACAGUUUUGUGACUAUGAGACCCAGCGAUUUCUACACCGAACAAGAGGGCUUUUCCUACGCAGCGAAAAAGGAGAUGCGAUCGUCAUACGCGGAUUUUGUUAACGACGAUGAGCCAGAGACUGUCACUGAAGAGCUAGCUGCUUCGCUGAACGAGAAUCUUGCCAAGCUAGCUAUUCCACAGCUCUCGAGCCACGAACAAUUAUACCUAGCUGACAUCAUUGAGUGCGUUGCCACAGCCGAGAAACAACGACGCUCGAUGGAUGAGAAUGCCAUGCGCUACCUUCUUUUCUUCCGGCAACAUAUAGUUAGGAAGAGCCAAGCUCCUGCCAUUCAAGUGAGCAUUACUUGGAGAGAGAUCAUCUGGGCAUAUCACAGCGGCAGCCAAGACAUACUGGUCGAUUUAGUCUCCAGACAAUUUCAUGGCAGAUUGCUCUGGGAGCAAGCGAGGGAGAGUGGAAUGUUCAUGUGGAUGACUGAUCUGACCGCACUUCGAGCCCAAUUCGAAGUCAUAGCCCGCAAUGAAUACACAAAGACAGACGAAAAGAACCCGAUUGAUUGCAGCCUAUACUAUUUAGCGCUCAAGAAGAAAAGCGUUCUUGUCGGACUAUGGAGGAUGGCGGCCUGGAACCGCGAGCAGUCCGGGACCCAGAAGCUACUACGCAAUGACUUCUCGGAAGCUCGGUGGAAGACUGCGGCGUUGAAGAAUGCUUAUGCCCUUCUAGGCAAACGCCGGUUUGGUAUGUUGGAUCUGAACCAUCUUUGGACAUCGGCUGACCCGCUAGCAGAAUAUGCUGCGGCCUUCUUCCUCCUCGCAGGCAAUCUCCAGGACGCCAUCAACGUGUGCGCUAAUCAACUCCAUGACCUACAGCUUGCCAUUGCGGUUGCCCGUGUCUACGAUGGUGACGACAGCUUGGUACUUCGUUCGUUGCUAGAAGAGAGGGUGCUACCACAAGCCGCCUUCGAAGGUAAUCGAUGGCUAGCGACAUGGGCCUUCUGGAUGCUCGGCCGGCGCGACAUGGCUGUCCGUGUCCUAAUCUCGCCUGUUUACACUUUAAUCAAUUCCCCCGAAGCCCCCAAUUUGCAGUCCAAGUCCUACCUUUCAAGCGAUCCAGCAUUGGUGGUUCUUUACAAGCAGCUCCGAGGAAAGACUUUGCAAGCACUUAAAGGUGCAUCAAAGGUUUCACCACGUGCGGAAUGGGAUUUCGUCAUUCAGAACGCGCGGCUUUACGAUCGUAUGGGCUGCGAUCUGCUCGCACUAGACUUGGUGCGCAAUUGGGAGUUUCUCCAGCAACCAAAAGAAACGACUACGAAUGGGGCUCAGCUUCCUGACCCGCGCAACAUGCUCCGACGGAGAAGCAGCCUUGUGGUUGAUGACACGCCGAUCCCAAGGUCACCUACAGAGCAGAAGAUGAAGCCGAUGGGGAAGCCAGCGCCUACGGUCUUCGAGGAGCCGAGUACUAAUAGUCUGCUGGAUAGCUUUGGGUUUUGA